UGUGAAAGGUUUUGGCUCAUGAUAGUGGAUCAGCCACAUGGCCCCUGGCCCUUCCCUAUUGACACACUUUAUUAAAUAAACGCCCCUGAAAUCCUUCCUCUGAAGAAUUUCUUUAUAGGAUUACACUUGCACAAACAGUCCUCUUGCAAAAGGAACUGAAUUUAACCCCUGUGCUCCCCCGUCCCCUCUGGAUGGGCACACAGGACAGUGGGUGGGCAUUGAGCAUUGUCAAUAACAAAUGAACAGCUAAUGGCUGACAUCGCAGCUGUGGCCAAGUGGUUUGUGCACCAAUUGCAUCGCUUUCAGAUGCUGCCACAAGUCCCUAAAUCCCCCUCAUUAAAAAACAAAACACCAGUCAUUGUAAAAGUGGCUUCAUAAUCCUUACUACAGAAUUGCGUGUCAUCUGUGUGAAAAACUGAAAACGGACUAGACGUGCAAAGAUGUCUUCAAAGAUUUGGAAAUAAAUGAAAAUAAGAUAUAAUCCAAGAAAAAAAUAAAAAUGCAACACUCAGAGACUUAAGGCGAAUUUUUGGGAAACUUUUUCCGAAGAUAUUGGAGCUCUGCUGGAACUGAAAAGAUACUGAAUCUGACAACACAGCUGGUCGCAUUAUCAAGAAACAACAGACGCAAAAAACAUUAUGAAGGCUGUGCUUUUGUCUUUCUUGAGUCUGCGUCUGGUUCUGGGAAUUGGUCACUGGUGUGAACACAGAGUGGAAGAUAAACUGGAGACCAUCAUCUCGCCUCGCCUGCAGCUAGAAGUGGCUUGCUCAGAGGUGUAUCAGUUCAACACUCAAGGAUGGAGGCUAGAUAUAGACAGGAUGCGUCACACUCAUGGGGGUGAUGAUGGAAUUGCUCUAUAUUACAAAAGACAAGGACCCAAUGCUUCCUGUUUCCUGUUUAAAGCUGCGAACAUUAUGACUGAAAGAGUGAACAGGACAAUAAGAGCCUGCUGCGAAGGCUGGUCUGGUCCUCAAUGCUCACAGGGAGUGAGUAUACGAGGUCGGUGUUUCUCUACAUGGAAUUGUGAGGAAUUUCCUGGAGUUCAGAAUGCCUCUCUGAUGCCUCUUGAGCAAUGCUGUGGCAGCUUGUGGGGUCUUAGCUGGAAAAAUGCCUCUGAUCAGACCUGCUUGUCCUGUACCUACACUCUCUUGCCAGAUGCUCAGCCAUCACCUCUUUUUCAUAGGGGUCUUCUUGGAGGUAUUCGAGAUCCUAAGGCCUCCGCCACUUGCAUGAGCUGGGGUGGAGCACAUUAUCGUUCCUUUGACAAGAAGCACUUCCAUUUCCAUGGUGGUUGCACCUAUGUGCUGGCCUCAUCCACUGAUGGAACCUGGGCUGUCUACAUUAGCACUGUGUGUGAUGGCAGAGGACACUGCAGCAAGGCAUUGAAGAUGAUGUUUGGACUUGACCUUGUGUCUGUUUAUAAGGGCAACAUAUCACUCAACAGUGUUCUCUUACAGCAGGGAGAACCUUUCUUUCAAAACGGAGUAAGCAUCCACUGGUUGGGAGAUUUUGUGUUUGUUGAAAGUGGAUUGGGCAUCAGAGUGAAAUUCGACAUGGGGAACACUGUGUAUCUGACAAUUACUGCAGAACACUUUGCUACUACUAGAGGCCUUUGUGGAUUAUACAACAACAAUCCAGAUGAUGACUUCACCAGUAGGAGUGGGAGUGUAUUGCAGUAUGCUGCCAGCUUUGGAAAUUCAUGGCGUGUUCCAAGCCAAAAGAUAGAGGACUGUAGUGAUGCAGCGGAGCUGGGCCACAGCUGUGACAUUAUGGGUGACAUCAGCUUGCGUAGAGCUGCCGAAUUUACAUGUCAUCAGCUCAAGGACAGUCCCUUUUCCCAAUGCCAUCAUCGAGUGGACCCAGGGCCCUAUGUAGACACCUGUUUAUAUGUGUACUGCAGUUUGAGGACUAAUGAAAGAGAGGCAGCUGUGUGCGAUACACUUGCCAGCUAUGCCCGUGAAUGUGCACAACAACAUGUCAUCCUCAGCUGGAGGGGUCCUGGUCUCUGCGAGCGAGCGUGUCCUGGGGGUCAGCUUUUUUCAGACUGCAUCUCUUCCUGUCCCCCCAGCUGCUCCUCGGCUUCCCCACCAGCAUCAGGCCAGUGUCGGGAGGAGUGUGUUGGGGGAUGUGAGUGUCCUCCUGGGCUCUAUCUGCACGAGGGCCAAUGCUUACGGCAUGAAUACUGCCCCUGCUUCCAUAGACGACGCACAUAUCACGAAGGAGACAUUAUAAAACACAAGUGUAACACCUGCAUGUGCCAGGCAGGCCAUUGGCAGUGUUCUGCAGAAAGGUGUGCAGCCCAGUGUAGUAUAAUUGGGGCAUUACAAAUCACUACAUUUGAUAAAAAGAGGUAUAACCUCCAGACUGGUGACUGUCAGCUCACAGCCAUUGAGGAUUUUGUGGACAAGAAGCUUGCUGUGACCAUUAAAGACGGGGAUUGUGUAAAGGGAGAUGGCAUGCGCUGCCCGUGGGAGACAACCAUCACUGCCCUCCAUACCACAGUGACCCUCACUAGCACAGGAUCUGUGAUGCUAAAUGGACAGCCCGAGGCUUUGCCAGUGUUAACAGCUGAUUUGGUUGUGCGGAAACCAUCUUCAAGCUUCCUCAUAAUCCACGUGUUUGGAGCUCAGCUGUUGUGGUACACUGAAGGCCCUCUGAUCCUCAUCACUUUGCAGCCAGGCUUUGCUUAUAAGGUGAGAGGCCUGUGUGGAACUCUGACAUGGACUCAACAAGAUGACUUCACCACACCAGAGGGGGACAUUGAGAACAGUGUGGCCUCCUUUGCCACAAAGUUUAUUCUUGGAUCAUGCAAUUUGCCAUCAGGAGUGACCUCAGACCCCUGUAACACCUACACCCAGCACAGAGAGUAUGCAGAGAGUGUCUGUGAUGUCAUCAACGGUCCUGUGUUUCAGAGCUGUCAUGAAGUGGUCGAGCGUGGGCCGUACAUGCGACAGUGUCUGAGCGAGGCAUGUAGCUGCACCCCGCACAUGCAGUGUCAGUGUACUGUCCUUACUGCCUAUGCUCAACAUUGUGCGCAGGAGGGGGUGCAAGUGAGCUGGAGGAAUCACACCUUUUGUCCAAUGCAGUGUUCUGGGGGUCAGGUGUAUCAAGAGUGUGGCCAACCAUGUGGAGGUUCAUGUACGGACCUGCAGCAAAACUGGAGCUGCCAAAUGGACUCAGGUGCUCAGAACUGUGUACCAGGCUGCCAGUGUCCUGCAGGUCUGGCACAAGAUGACCAGGGCCAGUGUGUGCCAGUCAGCAUGUGUCCGUGUGUUCACGCUGGAGUUGUCCAUCAGCCCGGAAGCUCUGUGCAGAUCAACUGCAAUACCUGUGUGUGUGGACAUGGUGUGCUGAACUGUACCGAGCAUAUCUGUCCUGAGGUUAAAGAGUGUCCAGGCUCUCUGGUCUUCUCCCCUCGAUCUUGUCUGAAGACCUGCUCUAGUCUGGACAAGGGGUCCUGUGCAGAGCCCAUCUAUGGCUGCGUCUGUCCUGAGGGAACCGUGCUUCUGGGUGAUCAGUGUGUGUCUCCAGAUGAAUGUCCAUGUCACCACAAUGGCAGACUCUUCUUCACAAAUGAUACCAUUACUAAAGACUGCAACACAUGUGUAUGUAAGCAGCGUCGAUGGCACUGUACCCAGUCGUUAUGCGCUGGAACGUGUGUGGCUACAGGUGACCCGCAUUAUGUGACCUUUGAUGGUCGCUGUUUCUCCUUCCUGGGAGACUGUGAGUACAUGCUGGUGCAGGAGAAAGAAGGUCUGUUCAGCGUGACUGCGGAGAACAUACCCUGUGGCAGUACUGGGGUCACCUGCACCAAAUCUGUCACACUAAGCAUCGGCAAUACCGCCAUACACCUGCUCAGGGGAAAGGCUGUGACAGUAAAUGGCAUGCCUGUGACUCUUCCUAAGUCUUACUCAGGCAGUGGCAUAAUGUUGGAGAACAUUGGCUUGUUUGUGUCUGUCUCAUCUCGACUUGGCAUAACGCUUCUUUGGGAUGGAGGAAUGCGUGUGUAUGUGCGGUUGGAACCCCACUUGCAAGGACGAGUAGGGGGUUUGUGUGGAAACUUUGAUGGGGACUCAGAGAAUGACUUCACCACAAGGCAGGGUAUCGUAGAGUCCACACCAGAGCUGUUUGGAAACUCCUGGAAGGUUAGUCCAUCCUGCCCUGAUGUCUCUGAGCAAGACCUGCGUGACCCCUGCAACAUCAAUCCUCACAGAGUGAGCUGGGCAAAGAAGAAAUGUGCAGUGAUUAACCAAGAGCUGUUUGCAUCAUGUCAUGCUGAAGUGCCGCACCAGCAGUACUACGAUUGGUGUGUCUUUGACGCCUGUGGUUGUGAUUCAGGAGGAGACUGUGAGUGUCUUUGCACAGCCAUUGCUGCCUACGCUGAAGAGUGCAACCGUAGAGGUGUCUACAUUCACUGGAGAUCUCAAGAGCUUUGCCCCAUGCAAUGUGAGGAUGGUUUGGUUUAUGAAGCCUGUGGUUCUGCUUGCUCUGAUGUCUGUCCUGGCAGCUUUUCUCGUGCUGAUUCUCAUUGCAGUGCCAUAUCAUGUGUGGAGGGCUGCUUUUGCCCCCAGGGCACUGUCCGCCAUGGCGACAGUUGUAUUCCUCCAUCCGAGUGCCCCUGUGUAUGGGAAGGCUCACUGUUUCCUCUUGGAGCUGCUGUUACUCAACACUGCCAAAACUGCUCCUGUUCUAACAGCACCUGGCACUGCACUGGCACUGCAUGUCCUCCCACUGCUCCCUGCCUGGAUUCAGAGUUCCAGUGUAGCAGUGGCUCUCAUCGAUGUAUUCCCUCUCUCUGGCUCUGUGAUAACGAGGACGACUGUGGAGAUGGAUCAGAUGAGCUUUGUCCCACAACCUGUCCUCCUGAGCAGUUCCGCUGUUCUGGAGGAGCCUGUUUACCCCUGGAGCUGCGCUGUAAUGGCCAUCCUGACUGCACCGAUCAGUCUGAUGAGGAGUUCUGUGCCCCAGUUACAGAAAUUCCAGGAUGUGUGCCUGGGGAGUUCCGAUGUGCUAAUGGACGCUGUCUAUCUGCCGCUAAAGUGUGUGAUGGAAGACUGGACUGUGGGUUUGCUGAUGACUCAGAUGAGCGAGACUGUGGAGUGGUUUGUGCUGAACAAGAGUUCCGCUGUACAGCUGGAAGAUGCAUUCUCUAUCUGCAUCGUUGUGACGGUCAUGAUGACUGUGGAGACUUUAGCGAUGAGCGUGGGUGUGUUUGUAAUCCUGGAGAGUUCCAGUGCCCUGGUGAUCAGUGUGUGCCUGCAGAGAGAGUGUGUGAUGGGCAUAAGGAUUGUCCAUCUGGAAUUGAUGAAGUUAUCUGUCCUGUUAAAGACUGUAAUCAGUAUGAGUUUGGGUGUGCGAAUGGUCAGUGCGUGCCACUGGCUUGGCGCUGUGAUGGUGAAACAGACUGUCUGGAUGGAAGUGAUGAACAGCAGUGUGCCCGUGCUUGUGGACCUGACCAGGUGUCUUGUCAGAGUGGAGACCAGUGUGUCCAGCACGUGCAUUUGUGUGAUGGGACACCACAUUGCAGGGAUGCCUCUGACGAAAGUGUGGACAAUUGUGGGUCCACACGAAUCCCACCCUGUCCUGGCAGCUUCUCAUGUGAUAACAGAACCUGUGUGAACACAUCGUAUGUGUGUAAUGGUUUUCCUGACUGUCCUAGAGGAGAGGAUGAACUGCUGUGUGAAAAGCCAAGUAUUUCUCCACUGCCCCCUGGUGGCAGGAACAAGACUCACACCUGUCCGGAGUUCACUUGCUUGGAUGGAUCCUGUGUCUCUUUCAAAUCAGUAUGUAAUGGUGUAGCAGAUUGUCCUGAUACUGGAAGCCACUCAGAUGAGCAGGACUGUCAGAGUUGGGGCCCAUGGGGACCCUGGAGUCCCUGCAGCCGAUCUUGUGGAUCUGGCAUUAUGAGCAGAUACAGACAGUGCCCUGUGGGGGAAACGCUUAUGCGCUGCAGGGGAGAUGAUAUGCAAAGACAGCAGUGCUACUCCACAGCUUGUCCUGUUGAUGGCCACUGGUCACCCUGGACGACGUGGUCUAACUGCUCUAAAGGUUGUGGGGGAGUAGAGAUCCGCAAAAGGGUGUGUGUUCCACCACAGAACGGAGGUCGAGCAUGCACUGAGCUGCCAGGAGACACUGGCCUGAGCACUGAGAUCAAGCCAUGUCCUCAGGAUAGAUGUGCUAAUGUUUCCUGUCCUGUUGGUCUGGUAUCACAUGCUUGUGCUCCUUGUCCUUUGACAUGUGCUCAUAUAUCAAGUGAUACGUCCUGUGAUCCCAGUGCUCAGUGUUUCACAGGUUGCUGGUGCCCAGAGGGGAAAGUGAUGAAUCACAUGCAGCAGUGUGUGCUUCCAGAAGAGUGUGUGUGUGAGGUGUCAGGGUUGCGCUACUGGCCGGGUCAGCAGGUCAAGAUGGGAUGUGAGAUUUGUAGGUGUGAGAGAGGAAGACCGCAGCACUGUCAAGCCAAUCCAGAGUGUUCAGUUCAUUGUGGAUGGUCAUCCUGGUCCCCAUGGGGUGAGUGUUUGGGUCCAUGUGGAGUACAAAGUGUUCAGUGGUCUUUUCGCAGCCCAAAUAAUCCGUCCAAACACGGCAAUGGCAGACAGUGCCGUGGUAUUUACCGGAAAGCUAGACGCUGUCAGACCGAGCUAUGUGAAGAGUGUGAGUACCAGGGACACACGCAUGCAGUGGGUGAUCACUGGAAAGAAAGUAAUUGUCAUCUUUGCCACUGUUUGUCCAACCUUAAAGUACAGUGUGCACCUUUCUGCCCGUACGCUACCACUGGAUGUCCAAAGGGUCAAACUCUAAUACCAGGGAAAGAAAACAGGUGUUGCUAUUGUGAAGACAAUGCCCAGAAUGUCAGUAUCAUCACAACAACCCCAGCAGCUCUGCCGAUCACUGUUGAGUCCUCCAAGGCACCAGAGGUUACACCAUUUAUACCAACCUUUCCUCUUCCGCCCGGAGAUGAGUGUUGGUCUCCGUUGGGAGUACAGUCUCUACCUACCUCCAGUUUUAGUGCCUCAUCACAGCAACCUGGUCAUCCAGCCUCAGCAGGACGCCUCCACUUUCAUGACCCUCAGAGUGACCUGCAGGGCUGGAGCCCUGAACCUGAGGAGUAUAGGGAGCUACCUCCAUCUGCCCCUCAUGCCCAUACACACCACAGCCAGGCCCCUUUCUUGCAGAUCGACCUGCUUAGACCAUACAACAUCACAGGAUUACUCACUCAAGGUGGUGGUCAGUUUGACACGUUUGUGUCCAGUUUCUACCUGCAGUUUAGCUCUAACGGCAGUCGGUGGUUCACCUACAAAGAGCUCAUCACAGACGCUCGCCCUAAAGCCAAGGUGUUCCUGGGUAACCACGAUGAUCGAAGUGUUAUGCAGAACAGACUGGAGAGGAUGGUGUUAGCUCGGUUUGUGCGGGUGCUGCCUCAUGACUUCCAGAAUGGCAUUUACCUGCGAGUGGAGCUGAUGGGGUGUGGAGAUGGGUCUCAGCCAUCUCCUACCCCAAGCUCCAGAGGCUGUCCCAACGGUCAGUUUUCAUGCCCUCCUCCAGGGGGCUGCAUUGAGGCUGCACAGCGUUGUGAUGGGAUUCCUCAGUGUCCAGAUGGAGCUGAUGAGCGAGACUGUGUCUCUAAAACGAAUCGUACUCAUGUCACACCUACACCUGCUCCACUCAGGACGCCUAGUAUGGCUAGUGUCACGACAGCAAGUACACCAACAAUCACACCACAUGAAGAACCUGGCUAUCUGGGUAGCUGCUCUUCUCCUCUGGGCCUGGAGGAUGGCCGUGUACAUUAUGGUCAGCUGACCGCCUCUUCAUCCAGAGAAAAUAAUCCAGCCGACACCGGGCGCCUUAACAUCGUACCUAAUGUUUUAGUGAUGGAACCAGGAUGGAGCCCUUUACCAGGAGACCCCCAGCCCUACAUCCAGGUGGAUUUUCUGGAGCCCACCUGGAUAUCAGGGAUAAUCACACAGGGCAGUGAACGCAUGUGGGGCUACUUCUCCAAGUACCGUCUGGCCUUCGCUCUGUCUGAGAACCACUUCAUGGACUUUACUGAGAGUGAAGAUAAAGGCUCAGCCCCGAAGAUCUUUGAGGUGCGGAUGAUAGGCAGGACACCUGUUACACGUUGGCUGGGCAGGCUUGUGAGAGCUCGGUUCCUGCGGAUUAUACCAGUGCAGUACCGCCACACCUUCUAUCUCCGAGUGGAGAUCCUGGGCUGCAAAGGAGGCACAGUUCCCACUCCAGGAUUGCCAGGUUUAUGGAAUCACACGGUAACACCAGGAAGUCCUGGAUACCAGAACUAUACAUCAGGAUUACCAGGGGUUCACACCAAGUCUCCACAAGAUGGCAGUCCGGGAGUGGCAAGCGUUUCACCCAUUACUUCUGGUGUACCUGGUAUUGGCCCUCAAGGACCAACUGGCCAGCCAGGACUGUGGAACAUAACAACCCCUCAUGAUGGUGGUUUACCCAGAGUUCUGUGCAUAGAGGGCCAAUUUUCCUGCAAAAGCUUUGGCUGUGUAAAUGCAACACUUGUGUGUGAUGGAAAAAAGGAUUGUCCAGAUGGCUCAGAUGAACACCACUGCGGUUCUUCCACACUCCCUCCAAUAACACCUACAAGGCGCCCCCUGGUGCCAAGCCCCUGCUCUGCCAAACAGUUCGCUUGUAGAAGUGGAGAAUGUGUGCGGCUGGAGAAGAAGUGUGACCUCCACAAAGACUGUGCUGAUGGCUCAGAUGAGACAAACUGUGUGGACUGUGUGAUGUCUUCGUGGACAGCAUGGAGUCAGUGCAGUGUAUCAUGUGGUCUGGGAUCUCUGUUCCGGCAGCGUAAGAUCCUGAGAGACGCUCGGCCCGGGGGCUCCUGUGGGGGCGCACAGUUCGACAGCAGAGCCUGCUUCCUCCAGGCUUGUUCUGUGGAUGGGCAGUGGGCUGAGUGGGGUGAGUGGUCAGAGUGUGAUGCUGAAUGUGGAGGGGGUGUGAAGAUAAGGAGCAGAUCUUGCUCAAACCCUCCACCCAAAAACAGAGGGCAAGAGUGUGAGGGAAUGACCAUGCAGACUCAGAGCUGCAACACACACCAAUGUGGAACCGGCACAGACUCACAGACAGGCUGCGCUACUGGCCUGGUGCUGGUGACAGACGCGGACUGUGCUGCAGGUCGAGUGGAGCCAUGCCCUUUGACCUGUUUGGACCUUAACUCUGAGAAUAACUGCUCCUCCCACUGUAUGACAGGGUGUCGUUGUCCAGUUGGUUUGUUCCUUCAAGAUGGUCGAUGUGUCAAUGUGAGCAAAUGUGCAUGCUUAUGGGAAGGGUCAGUGCUUCAACCAGGGGAAGAUGUCAUCAUAGACAAUUGCACAUUUUGCAUGUGUCAAGAUGGCCAUGUCUCUUGUGAUAACUCCAGCUGUAUCCCCAAAUGCGACUGGUCAGCCUGGUCCUCAUGGACCUCAUGUGACAGCAGCUGUGGAAUAGGCAUACAGCAACGCUUUAGGUCAGUUCUAAGUCCUUCUCAAGCAGUGAAUGUAGACCCAUGUGUUGGAGACUCUACAGAGGCCCGGCAAUGCUACACACCCUGCCCACCAGGCGCUCCAUGGAGUGAGUGGUCUUCAUGGUCUGAGUGCAGUAAGACAUGUUUCUAUCAUGUGGAUGCUGUGGGAAUGAGACGCCGCUUUAGGAGCUGUAACCACACUGACGCCGGCUCCUGCUUUGGGGAUGGGGAAGAACAUGAGCCGUGUAACACAUUACACUGUCCAGUACAUGGGGGUUGGUCAGCAUGGUCAGCAUGGUCUGACUGCUCAUCCGAGUGUGAUUCUGGGGUUCAAACUCGAGAACGUUUCUGUAGUUCUCCUCCACCUCUGUAUGGAGGCAGCAGCUGCAUUGGACCUCAUAUACAAACAGGGGACUGCAACUCCCAGCCCUGCACAGACGUGUGUCCAAUUGGUAUGAGCCACAUGACUAAAGAGCAGUGCCAGGAGCAGGGAGGAGCAUGUCCACGUGUGUGCCUUGAUGCUAUGACUGCGGUGGAGUGUGCCACAGAGUGCUAUGAUGGCUGCUACUGCUCCCCAGGCUACUACAUAUUUAACAACUCCUGUGUGCUUCUCAACCACUGCCCCUGCUACCACCAGGGGGUGCUCUAUCCACAGGGUUCCAGUGUACCAUAUGAUCCCUGCAACAACUGCACUUGCAUUAAUGGAGAGAUGCAAUGUGGCACAGCUCCCUGCCCUGUUGAUUGUGGUUGGAGUGAGUGGACAUCCUGGAGUGCAUGCAGCAGGACGUGUGAUGUUGGCAUCAGGAGGCGGUACCGCUCAGGUACCAAUCCUCCUCCAGCUUCUGGUGGCCUUCCUUGUGUCGGCGACCGUACUGAGCUGGACACAUGUAGCAUCUACGCUUGUAGUGGUGCAAAGGGCCCAUGGAGUGCAUGGUCUGAGUGCUCAGUGCCCUGUGGUGGUGGUUACAGGAGCAGAACUCGAGGCCCUAUCCGAUCUCACGGCACACCGCAACAGUUUAGCGCCUGCAACCUGCACCCUUGCAGUGAUGGCGGUGGCUGUGCUGGUGGUCAGGAGUGGACAUCGUGUGUGAAAGAUGCAUUGCUCUGCUCUGAUCUAGGGAUCGAUAAUAACAUCAACUUCACCUGCUCCCCAGGAUGUCAGUGCCCACAGGGUUCUGCACUACAGGAUGGUAGGUGUGUGUCUUUGCCUCUGUGUCGCUGUGAUGUCGAUGGCGAACAGUAUGAGCCUGGAGCUGUGGUCGAGAAAGACUGCAAGAAGUGCACUUGUGAAUCAGGAAGACUUAUAAACUGCACCCAAGUUGAAUGCAAUGUGGAUGGUGGCUGGACAGACUGGACUCCUUGGAGUACAUGUUCAGUGUCUUGUGGUACCGGUCUGCAGUCACGCUAUCGUUUUUGCUCCAAUCCUGAGCGUGCCGGCGCUGGACUGCCCUGCCUUGGGCCAGACCGCCAGGAUCAAGUCUGCGUCCAGACAGCAUGCAGCCGUAAUGGAGGAUGGAGCGAGUGGACAUCCUGGACAGAGUGUACCAAGUCUUGUGGAGGGGGUGUACGUAGCCGCCGGCGUGCAUGUAACAGUCCAGCCACUGAGGGAGACGGAGACUUCUGUGAGGGUCUAAAAACCGAGCUUGUGGCCUGUAAUGUAGAGCACUGUCCAGUGACUCAGUGCUCAGACAUUUCCGGCACUGUGUUCAGUAGUUGUGGACCCUCGUGUCCCCGUACCUGUGAUGAACUGAGUCAUUGUGAGUGGCGUUGUGAACCUGGGUGUUACUGCAUUGAUGAGAAAGUGUUGAAUGUUAACGGUACCGCGUGUGUAGAGACAGAGCAAUGUCCCUGUCUGGACUUGACCACCGGCCAGCGCAUCGAUCCUGGAGAAACAGUACCCGCACCUGAUGGGUGUAACAACUGUACAUGUGAUGUAGGACAGCUCACAUGCAGCAGCAACCCAUGUCCAGUGGAUGGAGGCUGGUGCGAGUGGUCUAGCUGGACUCCGUGCUCUAAGACGUGUGGUGCUGAGUGGGUUUCUCGCUACAGGAGCUGUGCUUGUCCUGUGCCAGUGGCAGGAGGGGCAGCAUGUCCAGGCCAGCAAGAACAACACCAGGGCCUUGGAGUUCAGAUAGAAAAACAACCCUGUCCUUCAGUCACCUUUUGCCCAGUCCAUGGUUCAUGGGGCUUGUGGAGUGAAUGGUCAGAGUGUGAUGCAUGUGUGGGUGUGUCUGUCAGGAAGCGAGACUGUAACAGUCCCCCUGCCAGAUUCGGAGGUCUUCCAUGCCACGGCGAGUCCAUCCAGAGCCGUGGUUGCCAUGACAACCAAACCGUCUGCUCAGAGUGUGAGGGCGGACAGGAGGAGUGGCCUUGUGGGAAACCGUGCCCUCGCUCAUGCGAAGAUCUCCAUGGUGACACUGAGUGUAUAGACACAUCAGGGUGCAGUUCAACCUGUGGUUGCCCGGGUGACAUGGUUUUCCAGGAUGGCGUGUGUGUGGAGAGAGACGAGUGUCGGUGUAAAUUUCACAGAAUCACUACUGAAGAUUUAAAUAUUACAAGCACGGCAUGGGAGUGGCCUGGCAGGACAGAAUGGCAUUAUGCAAAUUCAGGAGAGAACAUCAUCACAGACUGCAGCAACUGCACUUGUGAAGCUGGUGUCAUGCACUGUGAUUCACUUCCUGGUUGUGUUGUUGACGGUGGAUGGAGUCAGUGGGGUCCGUGGUCAGAGUGUUCUUCCCCGUGUGGGGGCGGAGUCAAGCUGCGGACUCGUUAUUGUAAUAACCCCGCCCCUCAGGGAGGUGGGAGAGAGUGUGGUGGUAGUGCUGACCAGCAGAAGGAGUGUAAUGGUCAUUCCUGCACAGACCCUGGGAUGUGGUACGACUGGUCAGCGUGGUCUGUGUGUACUGUCACCUGUGGAGGAGGAGAACAAAGACGCAUUCGUUCCUGCCGCACUCCUCCAUGCACUGGUUUGACACGCCAGAGCAAAACCUGCAACACACAAGUGUGUCUGGAGGUGGGCUGCCCUCCAGGUCGUCUGUACCGAGAGUGUGAGCGAGGCGAGGGUUGUCCGUUCAGCUGUGCUCAGCUCAGUGGGCUUGAAGGCUGUUACUCUGAUGGUUGUGAAGAAGGAUGUCACUGUCCACCCAACACCUACCAGCACCAUGGAGCCUGCCUACAGGAGUGUCCAUGCCUAGUAGACAACAAGCUCCUGACCUCACUUCAAGAAGUGUCUGUGACCCCAGAGUUAACCCCAGACCUCUACAACAUUACCAUGGGAACAGAGCUCAGGUCUGGAGAAGAGCUUAUGCAUGAGUGCAGCUCCUGUUUGUGUGAACACGGCGUCUGGAACUGCUCUCUAAUGCCCUGUCCCCGUGAUGGUGGUCUAAGUCCUUGGGGUCCUUGGGGUCCCUGUUCACUCACCUGUGGGGGUCUGGGGCAGAAAGUGCGCAAUAGGAGCUGCUCUAAUCCAAGUCCUGAUUAUGGAGGUCAAGACUGUGUGGGAGACCUGCAGGAGACAGCAUACUGUCAGACAACAGACUGCCCAGUGGAUGUGCUUCCUACAGUCGAACCUUCCCUGUCAGAUGAGGACUUGGGGUUCUCCCAGUGGACAUCAUGGAGUUCCUGUUCUAAAUCCUGCAAUGAAGACGGUCACCCUGCUGUGAAGUUUCGUAAGAGAGAGUGUAUCAGUGCACCAUGCACAGGACAAAACAGACAACAGAAGGUCUGCAACCUCCCUCAAUGUCCUGAUGGUGGAGUGUGUGUGGAUGAAGCAUGUUCCCAUAGAAACUGCUCAUGGACAGAAUGGGGAGAGUGGAAUGCAUGUUCACGCUCCUGUGGUGUUGGUCAGCAACAGCGAUUCCGCAGCUUCAUUGCCCCCGGGAUUAACGGAACCUGGUGUUCAGGCAUCAUUGAUGGCAAUGUGGAGAACCGCUUCUGCAACAUCCGUGCCUGCCGUGUGGAUGGGAAUUGGUCUCGCUGGAGUCCGUGGUCACACUGUGAUAAGUCGUGUGGUGGUGGUCGAUCUAUUCGCACUCGUUCCUGCUCCAGCCCUCCGCCCAAAAAUGGAGGACUUAAAUGUCUUGGAGAGAAAAACCAAGUCAAACCCUGCAACACCAAACUAUGUGAUGAGCGUGGAUGCCCAAUGGGUCAGGAGUUUGUGCCCUGUGCUAAUGAGUGUCCUCAGCAUUGCUCUGACCUACAGCAAGACAUUCAGUGCCAGGACAAUACUGAGUGCCAGCCAGGCUGCCGCUGCCCUCAGGGUGAACUGCAGCAGGAUGGGGUUUGCGUGAAGCUGUGGCAGUGUGACUGCACUGAUGCAUUAGGGCAAAGCUGGGCUGCAGGCAGCCAGCACCAAGUCAACUGCAACAACUGCAGCUGCGCAGAUGGAGGUCUCACCUGCACCAACCUUACCUGUCCAGGAAAGAGUAAGUGUUUCUGGAGCUUGUGGUCCAGCUGGGCUUCCUGCAGCGUUACCUGUGGUGCAGGACAGAGAACACGCUUCAGGUCAAUGAUUCCCGAGACUCCUGAUGCCGACUGUCAGUUCGAGGAAGUUCAACACAAGCCAUGUGACCCAGGUCCCUGCCCACCGCUGUGUCUCCAUGGAAACCAGUCACUGUCUGUAGGUGACACAUGGUUAGAAGGGGAAUGUAAACAAUGCACAUGUAUUCCUGAAGGAGAAUAUUGCCAGGAUAUUUAUUGUCGUGUGGAUGGAGGCUGGACUCCAUGGUCUGUCUGGUCUGACUGUUCUGUGACAUGUGGUAGUGGAAAUCAGAUCCGGACUCGGGCCUGUGUCAACCCCCCACCACGAAACAAUGGCACACACUGUCCCGGGGAAGAGAGAGAGAUGCAGCACUGUCACACUGCACCCUGCCUAGAUGACUUGUGUCCAUGGUCCAGCUGGUCCUCGUGCUCACGGAGCUGUGGUGCAGGAGUGGUAUCCAGACGUAGGCACUGUCUGUGUGAAGAAGCAGGUGAUCACGUCUGUCCCAUUUCCAUAGAUACAGACAAACACAGAGAGGAGAAUCGCCUGUGCUACAAGAGGCCAUGCCCAGACUGUCCCAUGUCUGAAUGGAGUGAGUGGACAGAGUGUUCCUGUGUGUCUCAGUGGCAACAACGCUAUCGUGUCCCACUGUCUUUGGCCACCGCGGGGCAGCAUUGCACAGAGAUUGAGAAGCAGAACCGAGCCUGCAAACAACAGGACUGCAAGGAAUGUAUGGAACCGUUCCAGCCAGACUGUAGUUCUCCAUGUGAGAAGCAGUGUGUAUUGCAAGGGCAGGUGGAUUCAUGCACGGGGCAUUCGGGGUGUACAGACGGCUGCUACUGCCCUCAGGGUUUGCUACACCAGAAUGGUACAUGCGUGCCUCCUGAACAGUGUGGCUGUGUUCUCCUUGUCCAGCAGGACACAGGUCCACAUGUCCCUGUCACUGUCCCACAGGGUGGGGUCCUCAAUAUUGGCUGCAGCACAUGUUUAUGCCAUAACGGGUCUUUGCAGUGUGAUUCCCAAGAAUGUGAAGUGUCACUCAGUGAGUGGUCAGAGUGGACCCCCUGCUCUCCAUGUGUUCCUGCCUCCUCUCUUCUUCACUCUGACUCUGCCAUGGCUGAUGAUGGAGUUAUCAGUGAAGGUCUUGGAAUGCCCGAAACAGCUCUGGUGUCAGUGCAGAAGCGUUUCCGAACAUGUCUAGAUGUAGACUCUGGAUUACCUGUCAGUGAGAGGGGGGGUGAGUGCUCCAAACCCCUGCAGGAGGAGAGAAUCUGCCCCCAGCCUGAUAUCUGCAAAGACCCAUGUCAGUGGAGUGUGUGGGGGCAGUGGAGUGUGUGUCAGGAGCCAUGUAGUGGAGGAUUCCGCCAGCGUGAGCGAAUAGCCCUGGCAACCACCCUUGGACCACAAUGUACACAACGGCAGAGCCAAUCACAGAGCUGCAACACCGGCCUCUGUCCAAGCGAGCGCUGUGAAGACAGGGACCGGGUCUACGAGGCGUCCUGUGCCAAUCAGUGUCCUCGUAGCUGUGCUGACUUGUGGGAGCAUGUGCAAUGUCUGCAGGGAGUCUGUCACCCAGGUUGUAGGUGUCCUGACGGUUGGUUGCUGCAGGACCGAGGAUGUGUGAGAGUGUCAGAAUGUCGCUGUGGGCUUCCUACAAAGAACGGCACACUGGAGGUUACACCUGGACAGAAUGUCACGGUGGAAUGCAACAACUGCGUGUGUAUGAAUGGGUCACUGGUGUGUACGGACCAGCCCUGCCCAGCAUAUGGGGCAUGGGGUUCCUGGAGUGAGUGCUCAGUGUCAUGUGGGACAGGACAAAGGACACGAACACGUCCCUGCACACACACACCUGGUGGUCCUAGCUGUGGAGAGACCAUUCAGAGUGAAAUCUGCAAUCUGUCUGCAUGUCCAGCUGACUGCGUGCUGAGUGAGUGGUCCUCCUGGAGUGAGUGCAGUGUCUCCUGUGGUGGAGGAGUGUCAGUGCGCAGGAAGACUAUUCUACAGAGGUCUGAGCCUGGAGGAGCGUCCUGCUUGACUCCUAUUGAGCAGCACACUGCCUGCAACACCAACAGCUGUCUGCCUGAGUGUCCUCUGGGUCAGGUGUUCAGUCUAUGUGCAGGUUCAUGCCCGCUUUCCUGCCAGGAUCUGUGGCCUGAAAGCCAGUGUGUACCAGGCCCCUGCAGCCCGGGCUGCUCCUGCCCUCCUAACAUGGUUAUGCUUAAUGGAUCAUGCAUGCCUUACUCUGAGUGCCCUUGUUCUUCACUCUCUCUGCCACUGGGAUUGGCCAAUGUCACACUGGACCUCCUACAAGACGAGUUUCCCCCUGGAACCAUUAUACCACAUCUCUGCAAUGCCUGUGUGUGUGAAAAUGGAGUAUUCAACUGCACUGAGGACUCUUGUAAUGUGGACUGUGAAUGGAGCAGCUGGUCUGAAUGGAGUUUGUGUUCGGUGUCGUGUGGCUCUGGAAUUCAGCGUUCUAGUCGCUCUGUAGUGCAGCACAGGCAGUAUGGAGGACGUGAGUGUGAAGGCCACAGUCACAGGAGCAGAGAGUGCACAGGACCUGACUGUGUGUGUCCAGAGGGAGAGCGUUGGAGAAGGAGCACGUCUGAGUCAGAGCGUGUGUGUGACAAAGGCUGUGUCGACAUGUACAGCGAUGAACCGCUAAACUGCACUGAAGUAAGCAGGCUCUCCGAGGGCUGCGUGUGUGAGGACGAGCGCUAUCGUGACGCCAAGGGCCGGUGUGUGAUUCCAGCUCUCUGUCAGUGCGAGGGGGAGGACGGCAUACUGCGAGAGGCUGGCUCUGAGUGGGAAGAAGCGUGCCAAACUUGUCGCUGUGUAAAUGGCCUUAAGCAGUGUAAAGCCAGCUGCCCUCCACUUCUGUGUGACGAGGGUGAAGUCAAAGUGCUGGAGGAUGGACAGUGUUGCCCUGUCUGCAGGAAAGCGUACACAGAAGAUCCACUCACUCAGUGUCAUCACUACACUGAGAUCAGGAACAUCACCAAGGGUGAUUGCCGCCUGGACAAUGUGGAGGUCAGCUUCUGUAGGGGGCACUGUUUGUCCGGAACGGAUGUCAUUCUAGAGGAGCCCUACCUACAAGCUGUGUGUGACUGCUGUAGUUACAGGCUGGACCCCCAGACUCCUGUGCGCUUCCUCAGCCUGCAUUGUUCUAGUGGAGAAAGCGAGCCUGUGGUGCUGCCCGUCAUACAGAGUUGCGAGUGUACCAGCUGUCAGGGAGGAGAUCUGGCCAAACGUUAAAAACUUUUGGAAGAGCUGACACCUUGGGAGAAGAAAGAAGUCAAAUCUUUUGAACAUCUCCAGUAUAAUUUUAAGUAGCUUGUAGUCAUUAUAUGACUGAAUAAUUUUAUAGAGUACUUUCUGAAGCUCUCAGACAACUGUACAGGUUUUAAAUUAUGGCUUUUAUGUCUUAAAGUCUUAAUAUCUUUUAUGUCUUUUAGUCUCUCACUCUCUCUUACCUUACAUACACAUUACAUAUUCUGUAUCAACAAUGAAUUUAUACAUAAAUAGUCAUAAACCUAAAGAAAUAUCAAUAAUAAAAAAGGAAAAAUAUGGAUGUGUGUGUGCAUGAAACGUUACAGAAAGAUAAUCUGACCGGUGGAUCUGCUACCACUAGUCUGACAACACAAAUUAAAUAUAGUUAUAUAUGAUAUCCAUACAACCGUUCAUCCUUCUUUCUGCUGCAUGACUCACUGCAAAAGCUGGAGUCAGAUAUAGAUCGCUAAUGACCGCAGAUCUUCUAAAGCACCUGACUAGGAGGGUAAAAAAGUGGUUGAACAUUACAGCUGUGGUCUGUACAGGAAAUGCAAACACACCAGGUAUUAUAUUUCACUUUCAAACGAAAAAUCGUCAUUUUUUGAUGUAUCAUAUGCUUUGGGCUUAUCCUUGGAUGUGUCAUAUAUUUCUAAAGUGCUGAAGCUUUAAUUACUGCCAUUAAAAAAAAGCACCAUUUAAAUGUUGGCUCAUCGUUCUAGUUUCUGGCAGUCUUGGAUAUGAGCACAGACUUGGGGAAGAUUUCACAAGACAAAGGUCUAACUAAUAUAGUUAGAAAAGUAGACUCAUUUCUGCCAUUAUAUACAGCAUAUAUGGAACAUGGCGAUGGCAUGCUGUUACUGUAGAUGAUCAAAUAGAACCAAGGAGGUCUCUCCAAAAAGGUUUUAUUCCUAAUUUACCACACCAAAAUGCCAAUGAUUAGAAUUGUUACACUUCCUUUCCCCCCCACUUAUAUUUACAUUUAAUGUUGUGUAAUAUCCAGAGGUGAAUUCUUGAUA